AUGCUGUUUAAACGGAUCAUCGAAGGAAAGUCGAUGUUGAACGCUGAUGUUAAGAAGGAUAAGUCCCUAGAGAAAUGUUCUCGAAGGAAAUCGGAAUGCGACGGAUGUGGAGAGCAUUCCACUAUUCUAGAGGAAAUGACGAAGAUGGUGCUACUAGGUGUUGUGUUGUGGGCGGGAGUGACGUUUGGGAGUCACGUCGCCCCUUACCCGUUGAACCUGAUCGUAACCACAGAAUUCAUCCAUCCACCUCCGAUGUAUGAUUUCCCGUUUCCAAGCGCUCAAAUGUUGAAGAGAUUGCCGCCUGUCACAGCGGCGCAUACCAACAAGUCGAUAAACUUCAGUAAGAUGUCGAUAGCGAUGCUUGAGCGCUUGGAGGACAACCUUGAGGCGUCGGGGAUCAAGCCCCAGCCAGGAUCUGCUGCUCAGGGAUUAGCCAUUGCUGGCUUCCCAUCAAGUGACGCAAUGAGAUACGAAAAGUCAUCGAUGAUUAUUUCGAAAGCGUCGCAAAAUCUAGUUUGGACUCGUUGUACAAGAUUCGGCUUGGCGCAUGAUGAGUGUGCGAGCUUCAUAAGCACUCUGAAUUUGCGUGAGAGUGAGUUUGGCGGUGAAUGCGCGCAAUUAGAAAGGUUCACGUGUCGUACGAACAAGAUGUCGUCCCGUUACCGCACUUUCGAUGGCUCCUGCAACAACCCAGUGCGUUCGUCUUGGGGCCAGGCGCUCACGGGAUACAAACGCCUCCUACAUCCUAGAUAUGCUGAUGGUAUUGAAGAGCCACGUCGUGCCUUAAGCCACAAAGAUCUGCCUUCAGCUCGACUCGUGAGCAACAAAUUAGCUGGUAAUUUGGAUGUACCCAAUGAGAAGAAGACCAUUGCUUUGGCGGUGUGGAGUCAGUUUGUUUAUCAUGAUCUGGUUCAUACGCCUGUGAGGAAAACGAUUCACACUGACCAAACGAUCCGAUGCUGUGACAGCAGCGGCUUGGGUCUGACCCCGCGGUACCUGCACCCCAGCUGCAUGCCAAUCUCAGUGCCUGAUGACGAUCCGUUUUUCAAGAACAAGUAUGUUACUUGUAUGGAGUACACGCGCUCCGUCACUACGUACAGAGGAGACUGCACUUUCGGAGCUGCUGAACAGAUGAACCAAGCCACCCAUUUCCUGGACGGGUCACACAUAUACGGCACAAACAGUCGGGAUGCAGCCGCUUUACGGGAGAAGACCGGAGGCCUUUUGAAGACUUCCAACAUCGAUGGUGAAGAGCUAUUGCCGCUGGUCUCAAAUCCACUUGAAAAGUGCCUUGUCGAUAGCAAUGAUGCUGCAUGCUUUAAUUCUGGUGAUGUUCGUGCAAAUAUGCACCCCUGGUUGACGGCAAUCCACGCCCUAUUCGUUCGGGAACACAACAGAAUCGCUAGAAACCUAGCCGUUCUCAACCCUGGCUGGAAUUCUGACAAGCUGUACCAUGAGGCCAGAAGAAUUGUGAUCGCUGAAAUGCAGCAUAUUACCUACAAAUACUGGCUACCAGCUCUAACUGGCAAAUCGUUCGACGAGCUAUACGACAGCUACGAUGUCGGCUACAACUCCGAUAUCGACCCCACCGUCACCAACUCCUUCGCUACCGCGGCCUUCCAUUUCGUCAACAGUCUUCUCGACCAGGACAUUCAGCUCGUUGAUGACAACGAAAACGUGACGUCAUCGCGUCUAGCUCAGUUCUAUUUUAGACCAGAGCUGGUGGCGAAGAAGGGGGGGAUUGAAAUGCUAUUGCGCGGUAUGACCAGCCAGAUAUCGCAGAGAUUGGACUUCAAUUAUGACGAUGAUUUACGCAACCAAUGGCUGGGUGGGUUGGACGUGUUGGCGGUGGACGUGCAGCGCGGCAGAGAUCACGGGAUCCCGGGGUACGCGCAGUUCCGAUCGCUUUGCGGCCUACCCGUCGCUACCUCCUUCUCACACCUGAAUGACGUCAUUCCGCAAGAGACCAUAGAGAAGUUGUCCGAAGUGUAUGAGCAAGUGGGUGAUAUCGAUCUAGUGGUUGGAAUGAUGGCUGAGACCCCCCUCGCGGGUUCCUUGAUAGGACCCACCGCCACUUGCUUGAUACGCGAGCAGGUGUGGCGCACGCGCGCGGGCGACCGCUACUUCUACGCGCACGCGCACGAGGCGGGCGGCUUCAGCAAGCGGCAGCGCGCCGAGCUGCGGCGCGCCGGCCUCGCGCGCCUGCUCUGCGACAACCUGCGCCUCGCCGCGGUCCGCCGGGACGUCUUCGAUAUCGGAAGCCCCAUCGUACCUUGCGAUGAAAUAAAGAAAGUGAACCUCGAGGCAUGGCAAGACCCCGCGCAACAGCCGGAUAUUUUGACGCGCACCAAUAAAUGGCUCAAAAACAAAGUUGCCAGCUCUAAUUCUACUAAGUAGACUGAAUUAAUUGAAUAAAAACAUAUUUACGUUAAUAAAAAUGAAAAUGGCAAUAAAACUACGAAAUUUAAUCUAUCUAUAAUCUAUAUAUUAUAAUCUGUAUGGGUUUUGUCUCGAUACAUGUGUGCGUGGAUACCUUUAAAUAAAAUCUUUAAUGUCAAUUUUCAUUUUUAUUUUCAUAAUUAUUGACGCCGUUGUGCCGAAAACAAUUCUUAGUUCAUUUAGUAACGCUUAAAGAAAAGAUUUGUUAUAUUCAGUAAAAAUAGCGGUAAUAAAUUAAUUGGUAAUUCAAAUUGGUAAAUUGAGUAAUAAUAUAAUUGAAUAUAAUGUCACUGUUAAAUAUUCACACAUUGUUGGUAAAUGUGCUAAGGAUAUAUAUAUAACUUCAUAGAAAUUUACUCACGCACAGAUAAUCUAUGAAACCCGCCACAGAUAAUGUACGCAUUUAGAUAUCAUAAGACUUUGGUUGUGUGAAUGAGUUUUAAAAUGACAAUAUGAGUAGCUUGAGCCCUAAAAGUGAUUAUAGUACUUUUAAAAGCAUUUAUACUCGUACCGAAAUAUGUUGCAGUAUUUUAGUUAGGUUAUAUGAACCACGUUGAUCGAGCUUGGAUCGAAAUUGUCCAAGUGUCUGUCCCUUGUGGACGCCAUGAAAAGUGGCUGUGAUAACGUGUGAAACAGCAGUGUAGUUAAGGCUAAGUUUUUCUAGAUUCAUAUGUUAAAAGAUCUAGAGAACUCAACGCGAGAGUCUUCUACUAUGUUAGUGAUUUUAACAGGGAACAAUAUGUUCUCUCAGUGUUUAGGGAAUAGACGAAAUUGUUACAUGGCAAUACUGAAAUUGUGAGUAUAACAUUGUAAACCAAUUAUCGCCCUAUUUCUGCUUCCUGUGAUGUUCAUCGUUGACAAUGGAGCAUAGACAACAUUUGUGUUUUUUAAAAGAUAAAAAAAGGAAAAAGAAGCGGUAAAAUAUUUUGAAUAACGAUUAUCUUCGUACAAACAAAACAUGUAACUUGUUGAGAUUUACUUUCGCAGCUGUAUUGAACACAAAAUUUCGUAUCUUUUGAGUUUUUAUAAAUUGUGCAGAAAAAUAAUGUUUUGAUAGUUUGGCUGUGUUUGUACGUUGUAAGUUUAUUCCUUUUUUGUGUAUUUCUUAUACCUAUUAUCUCUAUUUACUUUUGUUUACGUUACUUUAAUUUCUAAAAUAUGAUCUUCUCGAAAUAUGCAUGCCUAUAGUUAUGAGCGAUUAUACAAAAAAUGUAUUUACAUAUGAAUAAAAUUAAUUACACGUGUAUGUCGAUAACCAAAGACUGUUUUAAAAUUAAUUGUUAUUACUUUGUAAGGAAAUUUGAUAAUAAAAAAGGUGACGAUAAAUCAGUUUGUAUUUGAUUGAUUAACUACGAAUUUUAAUAUUUAAUUUAUGUGGAAUAUAGAGCGAUAAUUUCUCUUUAUUUACCGUCUUGCCCUUUUAAUUUAAUUGUAUUUUUCUUAAUAUGUAUUAAUGUCUGUUUGAAGUCAGGUUUUGUAAUUUAACUUAUUUCCUUUUUUUUGUAUUUGACAAUAAAUCUUAUUUAUCAACAGCCACAA